GUGCAAAUUCAAGCGUUUACGACAACAUCCUGGUUGUAUCUCAACAUAUAAACAAAUGGUUGACACUUAAAGAGUGUUUUGAUACAUAAAUAGUGCACAUGUCUAAAACAUUGCCAUCGGAAAUGAAAAUUACAACGAUUAAACACAUAUUUACGUUUAUACUCAUAAUGUGCAGCUUAUUUCCUAACGUGUGUAUGGAUUUCUUUGCCAAUUUAGACAACAUGGAUAUCGAAUCUAAAUUAAAAGACUUGGACAAGAUGCUUUCAUCUCUGAGUAACGACGACGAAGAUGAAAACGAAAUUGGCAAGCGACGGUUUGCUCCCGGUGCUGAUGGGGAUUUAGGGGAUGCUUUUGAAGCUCUUACAAAUAUUUUAGGUGGAGACACGAAAUGUAUAUACGAGUGUAAAAAUGGCGGUAGUCCACAGCCCAGACGAAGCCACAAGCCUACCUCCAACGGAUGUGGAACAGUAGGAAUCCAGGUUGACGUGGCAAGUUUUCCCGGAUUUUCCUCGUGUUGUAACGCGCACGACAUUUGUUAUGACACAUGUAACAACCAGAGGAAAACAUGCGACCAGGAGUUUCAAGAAUGCUUGGUUAAAUCUUGUCGGAAACUUGACGAUAAGCGUAAACUUCCAUACCAAGAGUGUAAAGGCAUGGCGGACAUUAUGUACAGCGGGACGGUGACGCUGGGCUGCUCCUCUUACCUUGACGCACAGGAGAACGCGUGCACGUGCCAGCCACGUGCAGGGGCGACAAACCAGCGCUCUGGUCCCAGUGGUUCAUCGGGUCGGAAUACGGAGAACAUGCCCGGGAGCAAAAACGGUGAUAAUAUGGGGAGUAAUAAGAGUAAACGUGUUACGAGGAAGGUUGAACUUUGAUAAAUGUAUUUCAUAAAAAACAUUUAAGUUUUUAACGCAACGUUUGGUUGCCAGUACCGGUAUGUGAAAUCAGUGAUAUUGUUGUUAUGUGGGAUUUUUUCUAUACCAAAGGUUUACCAAAUAUAUGACGAAUGUGAAAUUAGUGCUUGUUGAUGACAUGAAUUGUGUAAAUUGUAAUUUCUUAAAAAUUAAGGCGUCUGUAAGGAUCCUUGGAGAUAUGGUAGACGAUGCUACAAUUAAACAGAUUAUUUAGUUCUUUGUAGUAUGUCGCAAAUAUUAAACAGAUUAUUAAGUUCUUUGUAGUAUGUCGCAAAUAUUAAACAGAUUAUUCAUUUUUUUGUUGUAUGUUGCAAAAUAGGGUUAAAUAGCACUCGAAUUGAGUAAAAAGAUCACCUUAUUAUCACAUUACAGUGCCAGAUACGCCCAUUAGUAAAAAACAACACUGUUCCAUUGCCACAAAGAUACGCCCCUCAGUCAAGCAACUUUUUAAGUCAAGUUUGGACAAAGUCUAAAUUGAUAUCUCACUUAACUUUGAACCUUAAAUUGUUAACUUGAUAUGCGAUUAUGGGGCUUAAGGGGAUUAUGUUUUCCCCAAUCAGUAUGCUUCAAACUAUUUCAAAGUUAUUUAAAAAUCCUUAAUUUGCUUAAAACUAUAUUUUGACCUUGGAGCUGUUACAUUGACCUUAGACCUUUUGAUCUGGUUCUUGAGCCUUACACUCGGUCGAAUCAUGCUGAUAACUUCUGUUAAGUUAUUUGAAAUUCCAUCAUUAUUAACGAAGUAAUGCUCCGUACAAAGUCAACUCGUCAAGUACUAAUUGCCUGAUUUGAUCUUGAAUGGUGACCUAAGAGCCUAGCUCCUGAGCCCUACACUCUCAUUAUAAUGAUCCCUUGUGGCUAAUUAUUAUAACUUGUAUGAAAUUCCAUCAUUGCUGUUGUAAAUACCAACAAAAGCACCGCAUAAUGAGUGCCACGCUCGGCUAUGGGUGCAAUUUUGAAUAAAUGAAAGCUUGUCAGAAUAUUUUUUUUAGAGGUCACAGUGACCUUGACCUUUGACCUAGUGACCCCAAAAUGGGUGUGGCAUGUAAAACUCAUCAAGGUGCAUCUACAUAUGAAGUUUCAAAGUUGUAGGUGGAAGCACUUUGAUUUUAGAGCCAAUGUUAAGAUUUUAGCAUGACGCGGACAUCAGACAGCGAACGACGAGCUGGCUAUGACAAUACCUCGGGUUUUCUCCGAAAACGCCGAGCUAAAAAUAGAUCAAUGACCUUAAAUUUGUUGCCAUGACCUUGAUCCUAGGGACCUGCUUCUUUCACUCUGAUAUAUAAUUCUGAUAAUUUAUACAUUGAAAGUUAUAUGAAAAUCCAUCCUGGUUUCUUAUACUUAUAAAACAAGCAUAUUAUAAUGAAAAUAAUAAUAAUAUCUUUAUCCAUUUGAUAAGAUCAUCAAGACAUUUUAACACACACGAAUCCUUUAUAUGACUAAAAAAGCCUAUUUAAACUUGUUGAAAAACACACAUUUAAGUAUGGCUGCGCUUCAAAUACCAAUUUUCCAAAUGUAAAUUACCAGAUGUUAAAUAAUCAGACUGAACAAUCCUUACUCAUUCAUAAUAAUUCAAUUGAAACAAAUAGUGGCAUUCAGAACAAUCCAAUGUAAUACAAGGUAAAAUGAUUAUGAUUAACAUGCACACAAAAAACAGUUUCAGUUUUCAAUCGCUUUCCUAAAUCAUGUAAAACUUGUAUAUUAAUGGUGGGUAUUCAAUACAGGUAUGAUACAUGUAUAUUUUCAGACAGUGAUGUUGUAAAUAUGGACAUUGAGGUUGAAAAAGAAAAGGCAAUUAAACAUUGGUAGACACGUUGCUUUCCUUUUGGACAUAAACUAGAUUUGGCAGAAAAUACAGCAACAUGAUGAUUAGAAAACACAACUGGCUUCUACACGCCUCCUAAUUAAACUUAAAUUAGACAUCACUGUUCAUUUUCACAAUCAUUAACCAGCUCAGACUUCAAAACAUAGCUUUGAAGCUAUAGAGGAGUUUAGGGGCAUCAGUCCAAACACAUACUACAACAGAACACAGGCCCUGGAACGUCUCCAAAAGACUAAGAAUGUGACACAAAAAAUGUAAAGAAACUGGCCCAUACUAGGUGCAUUUCACAUCUUAAUGCAAUGAGAGAUACAUAUGCAAAUGUGUGCAUUGACCUUGAAAACAGUGGUGAUGCUGGUGAUGCUAACAUUGAAGCACAUGAUGCAACAUGAUGUGUGGACUGUCUCUAUCUUCUAUAAGACUUCAUCUUAUUCUCCGUCAGGAAUUGAAGAACUGGAAGUGUUGUGUGAUCACUUGGGUUGGACCGUCAUUAAUGUUUGUGUUGUCUCCCUGACAACCAAAUUUUCAAACUGCCAAGAAAUAAACACACCUGAUUUUUUGCUUAAAACAUUGAUCAGUUAAAGACUCCACCUUGUGAGACACUGUGACAGCUUACACAAAUCUGUGCUGCAGCUGUGCUUUUACCUGCCAGUUCUUCAGAGGUUUGGAAAGAUGAUUAUCAAUAAACGGAAUGUACAAUAAUGACAGCAAUUGAAACAGGUCAAUCAACUUAACAAUACAGUCAGUACUCUAUAGAAACCUUAUCAACAGACAAAA